GAGAAACAAACAAAAAAGAUUAGAGCCCGACGACUUGUUUUGUUACAUCCCUUUACCGUUUCAUUUCAAUGAUAAAGCGUCGGUGACACUCUGCAUUAAAUACGAAAAAAGAAUAGAGUUAUAAAAUAAAAAAAAAUAAAAUACAAAAUCUUCAAUUCAGUCAGUGUUCUUCAGACAUUGGUCUCUCUCUCUCUCUGAGUUGUUUGCCAGUGGGGUAUGUUGCACUGUACUCAUCAUUUUUCCAGUGUGUUUUUAACUGAAAGUUGCCAUUUUCUUGAAUGCUUAAAGAGCAAUCGACCCAAAAAUCAUUUGGACUACUAGUUCGUGUUUUAUCUAGAAGAUCCACAGCCCAACUAUUUCUUUGUCAAUUCAAACUGAGAUCGGUCUUGAAACAGAAGGAGUUCUUUAUAGUUGGAUUUUUCAGCUUGGAAGAGUACUUGCUUCGAGUAAUCCGUUUCUUUAAUCUUCAACUAAUUUGGGGUUGAUUGAUUCUUGAUAUAUAAGCAUUUGAUUUAGUAAUCUUGUGUGAUAUUGAAGAAAUUAAAUUGGCUGAAUAGCUGUACAUGAAAUUGGCACCUAUUUUCGAGUCGGUGUUGAUGCAAACAAUUUUUGAAUAGUCAUUUGUAGCAUACAUGUCCAACUAAUGGAGGAACUAAGACCGUCACCCUUGAGGCUAAAUGGUCCCGUAAAGUCCACAUUGUCAGGAAGAUCAACUCCUAGAGGAUCAGGAUCCCCUUCCUUCAGGAGAUUAAACUCUGGACGUACCCCACGAAGAGAUGGUAAAAGUAAUGCCUUCACUUCUCAGUGGUUUAGAAGUAACCGUAUUAUACUUUGGUUGCUUCUGAUUACCCUUUGGGCAUAUGGAGGAUUUUAUGUCCAGUCAAGAUGGGCUCAUGGAGACAACAAGGAAGGAAUCUUUGGAGGAUCUGUAGAUGAUGUUGCCAAUGUAACUUCUCAACCAAAGGAAAAAACGGGAAAAAGUAAACGAAUUCUAGUUGCAAAUGAGGAUUCUUUAACAAUAAAGCCUCCAAGUAAUAAAACACAAGGCAAUUCAAUGGAUAUGGAUGUAGUCUUGGCUAAACAGGCCAAGAGUGUGGUAUCUACUAAAAAGAAGAGCAAGAAAUCUACACGUGCUUCUCGUAGGAAGACUCGUGGUAAAAAGAAGGUGGUGGCAGAAGUGAAAAAUGAUGAUGCGGAAGUUGAAGAAGAGGAAAUACCCAAGCGAAAUACUACCUACGGCCUACUUGUUGGUCCAUUUGGGUCAAUAGAGGACAAGAUUUUGGAGUGGAGUCCUGAAAAGCGAUCAGGGACAUGCGAUAGGAAAAGCCAGUUUGCACGUCUUGUUUGGUCAAGGAAGUUUGUGCUGAUCCUCCAUGAACUAUCUAUGACUGGUGCUCCACUUGCCAUGUUGGAAUUGGCUACAGAGCUUUUAAGCUGUGGGGCUACAGUUUAUGUUGUACCUCUCAGCAAAAGAGGGGGUUUGAUGUCAGAACUAUCUAGAAGAAAGAUCAAAGUACUAGAAGACAAGUCAGACGUCAGCUUCAAAACAGCCAUGAAAGCAGAUCUUAUUAUUGCAGGCUCUGCAGUGUGUGCAUCAUGGAUAGAACAAUAUGCAGCACGUACUGUGCUAGGUUCAAGUCAAAUUGCUUGGUGGAUCAUGGAAAACCGGCGGGAAUACUUCGAUCGGGCUAAACUUGCUUUCAACCGAGUGAAGAAACUUAUCUUUCUUUCUGAAUCACAGUCUAAGCGCUGGUUAGCUUGGUGUGAGGAAGAACAUAUACAGCUCAAAACUCAGCCUGCACUGAUUCCACUUUCUGUUAGUGAUGAACUAGCUUUUGUAGCAGGCAUCCCGUGCUCGCUGAGCACUCCGCUAUUCAGUCCUGAGAAGAUGCUGGAAAAGAGGCAGCUACUAAGAAAUUUUGUUAGGAAAGAAAUGGCGUUGACAGACAAUGAUAUGCUUGUUGUGUCCUUGAGUAGUAUAAACCCUGGAAAGGGUCAGUUUCUGCUUCUUGAAACAACACGCUUGCUGAUUGAGGGAGCUCCUCCUCUAAAUCGAUCUGCUGUUAAAAGUCAAGAUUAUCACAAAAGGACAUUGCUUCAUAAUUGGAAACAAUUUGGUGAAUGGAAAAAAGAAUCUGAGAAUAAUUCUAAAGUGUUGCAGCUACCCCAGCUUUUCUCUAAGGGGGUUAACUAUAAAGCUGGAAAUGAAAAUGAUAGAGGAACUCGAAAGCUUUUCUCCAUCGAUGAAGGGAAGAAGGGAGAAAAGCUUAGGGUUCUUAUUGGCUCAGUCGGAUCCAAGAGCAACAAGGUGCCUUAUGUUAAGGCACUUCUCAACUUUCUGAAUCAGCAUUCUAACUUGUCGAACACGGUACUAUGGACUCCAUCAACCACUCGUGUCGCUGCACUUUAUGCUGCUGCAGAUGCUUAUGUAAUGAAUUCUCAGGGACUUGGAGAAACAUUUGGGAGAGUAACAAUUGAAGCAAUGGCAUUUGGUCUUCCAGUGCUGGGAACAGAUGCUGGAGGCACAAAGGAGAUCGUUGAACAUAACGUAACAGGCCUUCUUCAUUCUUUGGGACGUCCAGGUGCUCAAGUUCUCGCCCACAAUCUUCAGUAUUUGCUGAACAACCCCUCGGAAGGACAGCGAAUGGGAAGCAACGGAAGAAAGAAGGUAGAAGAUAUGUACCUAAAGAAGCACAUGUACAAGAGAUUCGGAGAGGUACUAUACGACUGCAUGAGAAUAAAAUAACACUAGAUGCAGUGCAUUUUUCAUUCUUUUUCUAUUGAACAGUUUUCCUGUAUUGUUGUUCGUCUUUAUACUUUCUUCUUCGCCUAGAAAAACAGAUCAAGAAUCAGCCUUUUGUACAGUACGAAAUCUAGUUGUGUUUACUGAUAAGAGAUCCCACUUUUCUUUA